CAUGGUCUGGGUGUGGAAAUCACUCAUGGCCUUGUGUGCUUGGUGGGGCUGGGGGUGGCAGAACCUCUCUGUGUCCCAGCCAAGGUCACCCUGGGAGCUGCCACCUCCAGCAGUGCCCGAGCUCCGAGGGAAGGAGCUGUGUGGGACAAAGGCUUCUCCCAGCCACACAGUCCAAGGGAGCCAUGAGGAAGAGCCUCCAUGGCUGGGCAAAACGCACCCCCAGCAACUCAGAGUAAUUUUGCCUUAGUCCCUGAUGACUCUGAUGGUUUAGUGGAAGGGUUUAGGAUGAUUGAGGCUCCAGUUUGCUUUUCCAGCAGUGCCUGGGCUGGGAUGUGCAUUUGGACACAGACUCACACCGUGAGCUGCCCUGUGCCUUCCAGCUGCGUUCCAGCUGUUUUCCAGCUGUCUGCAGAGGAGGUGCCCUGUCCAUGGCCUGGGAAGGGGGACCUGCAGAGCACAGAGGGCAGCCCCUCCCCUCUCUGCAGCGUCCCCGCUCAGCCCGUGUCCCUUGCAGGAUCUCGGUGUGUGACGAGGACAAGUUCCGCCACAACGAGUUCAUCGGGGAGACGCGCAUCCCACUGAAGAAACUGAAGCCCAACCAGACCAAAAACUUCAACAUCUGCCUGGAGAAGCAGCUGCCGAUAGAUAAAACAGAGGACAAGUCGCUGGAGGAGCGUGGCAGGAUCCUCAUCUCCCUCAAGUACAGCUCGCAGAAGCAGGGGCUGCAGGUGGGCAUCAUGCGCUGUGCACACCUGGCUGCCAUGGACGCCAACGGCUACUCCGACCCCUACGUCAAAAUGUGAGUGUCACCCUUCAAAAUGUGAGUGUCACCCUUCAAAAUGUGAGUGUCACCCGCCAAAAUGUGAGUGUCACCUGUCAAAAUGUGUCACCCGUCAAAAUGUGAGUGUCACCCGUCAAAAUGUGUCACCUGUCAAAAUGUGAGUGUCACCCGUCAAAAUGUGAGUGUCACCCACCAAAAUGUGAGUGUCACCUGUCAAAAUGUGUCACCUGUCAAAAUGUGUCACCCGUCAAAAUGUGUCACCCGUCAAAAUAUGAGUGUCACCCGUCAAAAUGUGAGUGUCACUUGUCAAAAUGUCACCUGUCAAAAUGUGAGUGUCACCUGUCAAAAUGUCACCUGUCAAAAUGUGAGUGUCACCCACCAAAAUGUGUCACCUGUCAAAAUGUCACCUGUCAAAAUGUGAGUGUCACCCUUCAA